GCCGCACCCAGGAAGUCGACUCCUGUAAUUUCUGAUGAUAUGAGCACAUAGCCGUGUUCUAGAGCCUUCGCGAGUGGGGCCAUGUCUCUUCCCUUCCUGGGGACAUAACUUCCAACCACAUCACUCAUCCAUGGGAGAGACUGGGUCAUUGAUCUCCCGCUGUUCUGUGCUAACAUCUGGCUGUUUUCACCAGACACAUGGAAGGAAGAAAUCAAACCCAUGUGACAGAAUUUAUCCUCUUGGGACUCUCAGAUGAGGGGGAGCUGCAGUCACUGCUCUUUUGGCCAUUCCUGUCUAUGUACCUGGUCACCUUCACUGGGAACCUGCUCAUGAUCCUGGCCAUUAUCACAGACUCCCGCCUCCACACACCCAUGUACUUCUUCCUCUCCAACCUGUGCUUUUCAGACAUCUGUUUCACCUCCACCACCGUCCCAAAGAUGCUGCUGAACAUCCAGACGCAGAGCAAAGUGAUCUCCUACAAAGGUUGUCUCAGCCAGAUGUACUUUUUCAUGCUUUUUGGAGUAUUAGACACCUUCCUCUUGACCGUGAUGGCCUAUGACCGGUUUGUGGCCAUCUGUCACCCACUGCACUACAUGGUCAUCAUGAACCCCAAGUUCUGUGGCAUCCUGCUCCUGGUAUGCUGGUUAUUGAGUAUUUUUAACUCUCUAUUACAUGACUUGCUGAUUUUGCGACUCUCUUUUUGCACAGAUCUGGAAAUCCUUCACUUUGUCUGUGAACUUAAUCAGGUGAUCCAACUUGCUUGCUCUGAUACCUUCCUCAAUGACCUGAUGAUCUAUCUCACAAGUGGACUUCUGGGUGUUGCUCCACUCACUGGCAUCCUCUCCUCUUACUCUAGAAUUGUAGCCUCCAUUUUGAGAAUUUCAUCAGUGAGGGGCAAGUAUAAAGCAUUUUCCACGUGUGGGUCUCACCUCUCAGUGGUCUCUUUGUUCUAUGGUACAAGCCUUGGGGUGUAUCUGAGUUCUGCUGCUGCACAAAACUCCAGGGCAAGUGCCAUAGCCUCAGUCAUGUACACAGUGGUGACACCCAUGCUGAACCCCUUCAUCUAUGGCCUGAGGAACAGAGACAUCAAGCAAGCCCUGGGAAAGCCCUUUAGCAGAGGGACAUUCUCAGCAUAUAAGAUUCUUUGUUUCAGGAUAAAGACUUGA